AUGAACAGUAGCAACAUGGACAGUAGCAGCAUGGACAGUGGCAACAUGGACAGUAGCAACAUGGACAGUAGCAACAUGGACAGUAGCAGCAUGGACAGUGGCAACAUGGACAUGUGUGAUGGCAGGGUGUGUGAUGGUGGCAGGGUGUGUAAUGGCAGGGUGUCUGAUGGUGGCAGGGUGUGUGAUGGUGGCAGGGUGUCUGAUGGUGGAAGGGUGUGUGAUGGCAGGGUGUGUGAUGGUGGCAGGGUGUCUGAUGGCAGGGUGUCUGAUGGCAGGGUGUCUGACGGCAGGGUGUCUGAUGGUGGCAGGGUGUCUGAUGGCAGGGUGUGUGAUGGCAGGGUGUGUGAUGGUGGCAGGGUGUGUAAUGGCAGGGUGUCUGAUGGUGGCAGGGUGUGUGAUGGUGGCAGGGUGUCUGAUGGCAGGGUGUCUGAUGGCAGGGUGUCUGAUGGCAGGGUGUCUGAUGGUGGCAGGGUGUCUGAUGGCAGGGUGUCUGAUGGCAGGGUGUGUGAUGGCAGGAUGUCUGAUGGUGGCAGGGUGUAG